GUGAGUGUGUGAAGUGAGCGGAGGUGAAGAAGAGGAGGAUAGGAGCUGGGAGCGGAGGAUGGGAGGAAGAGUGGAGUGAGAGAGAGCGCGCGCGCGCGCGCGACAGAGAGAGAGCGAGGGCGAGCUGCUGCCUGGCUAUCGAGGGGCCGUGUGUGUCUGUCUGUAAGUGUGAAUGCGUGAGUGAGUGCGGGAAGCAAACGGGGAGUUCGUUACCUGAGAGAAACAACACAAAGACUCACUUUAACCCCUCAGAAUCACUCUAACGGAAACUUUAAACUUUUUUUCCGUUCUUUACCCGCUGCAGCUUGGGCUGUAGCGCCGGCCGGGUCCGGGGCUUUUGUUCCGCGCCGGCGUGGACGACAGUGAAGGCGGAGACAUACAAAUAAGCUGCAGGUCGGCGAUUUUAUUAUUAGUAUUUUUAUUUUUAUUUUGCCUGUUCUUCCACGCAGUCGGAGCACCGCGGCGCCGGUUCGCGCUGAAGAAGCGAGAGAAUGGCGGCCAAUAUGUACAGGGUCGGAGAUUACGUGUACUUUGAAAACUCCUCCAGCAACCCUUACCUGAUUCGACGCAUAGAGGAACUGAACAAGACGGCCAAUGGGAACGUGGAGGCCAAGGUGGUUUGCCUGUUCAGACGACGGGACAUCUCGGGCAGCCUCAACACCCUUGCUGACAGCAACGCCCGGGACUUUGAGGAGGAGUCCAAGCAGCCAUCACUGUCGGAGCAGCAGAAGCAUCAGCUGAAACAUAGGGAACUCUUCCUGUCCCGGCAGUUUGAGUCCCUGCCCGCCACUCACAUAAGGGGCAAAUGUAACGUCACCUUGCUGAAUGAAACGGAUGUACUAGCAAGCUAUCUGGAGAAAGAGGAUUGUUUCUUCUACUCUCUGGUGUUCGACCCAGUCCAGAAGACCUUGCUGGCUGACCAGGGGGAGAUCCGAGUGGGCUCCAAGUAUCAGGCAGAGAUUCCUGAUAAACUUGCAGAAGGGGAAUCUGACAGCCGCAUUCAGGAAAAGCUGGAGACCAAAGUUUGGGAUCCCAACAACCAACUGAAGGACUCGCAGAUUGACCAGUUCCUGGUGGUGGCACGGGCCGUGGGGACGUUUGCUCGCGCCCUGGAUUGCAGCAGCUCCAUUCGCCAGCCCAGUCUACACAUGAGUGCGGCUGCAGCCUCGCGGGAUAUAACACUGUUCCAUGCCAUGGACACCCUGCAGAAGAACGACUAUGACCUGGCACGUGCCAUGUCCACGCUGGUGCCGCAGGGUGGGCCUGUGCUGUGCCGGGAUGAGAUGGAGGAGUGGAGUGCUUCGGAAGCCAUGCUGUUUGAGGAGGCACUAGAGAAAUAUGGCAAGGAUUUCAAUGACAUUCGCCAGGACUUUUUACCUUGGAAAUCACUGGCUAGUGUGGUCCAGUUCUACUACAUGUGGAAGACGACAGACCGCUACAUUCAGCAGAAACGUCUAAAAGCAGCUGAGGCGGACAGCAAGCUAAAGCAGGUGUACAUCCCAACCUAUACCAAACCUAACCCAAACCAAAUCAUGGCCCCUGGCAACAAGCCAGGGAUGAAUGGCGCAACUGGUUUUCAGAAAGGACUCAGCUGUGAGAGCUGCCACACUGCUCAGUCACCACAGUGGUAUGCUUGGGGGCCUCCUAACAUGCAGUGCCGACUGUGCGCAUCAUGCUGGAUUUACUGGAAGAAAUAUGGAGGUCUCAAGACUCCCACACAGCUAGAGGGUGCUGCUAGAGCAAGCUCAGAUUCUGCCCCCAGAGGUCACAUGACCCGCCAAGAAGUUCAGGGCAUGUCCCCUUUCACCAGCAGCGCUGGCCGAGCCAAACUACUGGCCAAGAAUCGGCAGACUUUCAUACUGCAUACCACCAAAUUGACCCGCAUUGCCCGUAGAGUGUGCCAGGACAUCCUGCAGCCACGCCGAGCUGCACGCCGACCGUAUGCCUCGAUCAACGCAAAUGCCGUUAAGGCUGAGUGCAUGAUCAGGCUCCCUAAAGCAUCAAAGUCUUCUUUAAAGAACCGCCCCGUAGUUCGACCAACUCUGAUCACCAUUGUGAAAGAACUGGCUGCCCAAGCUCCUUUGAAGUUGAAAGCUCCUCGAGGAGCUCCAACUCCCAUCAACCGAAACCAGGCCAACCAACCCAGAGCAGCUUCCAACUUGCUCGGCAAGAGACCCUUUGACAGCAUGGCUGGGCUCCCCUUUGCUGCAAAUGGUAGGCCGUUUACUUCUGGAAUAAGGACAACUUCCCAGUCUGUAAUCAAGCGCCAAAAGGUCAAUCAAGGAGAUGCCCCAAACCCUGUAGUGUUUGUGGCCACCAAAGACACAAGAGCCCUACGAAAACGCUUGAGUCAGGCAGAAAUGAGACGCGCAGCCAGGAAACCCCACCUCCCUGUACGAGUGAAGCUGCCUCCGCGACCACUCUCAAUGCCCAUCCUGCCCUCUAGCACCAGUGAGCCCAUUGUCCUGGAGGACUGAGCAGCACAGGGGGUUGCUGCACCUGCUGCCUCCCAGCAAACAUGCCAUAUUUGUAGUGCACCACUUUCUCCUGUUAGUUUGUUCUUUGGUUAUUUUUUUUCUAGUUCUGCUGCUUUGCAGAAACUUGGUGUGCUCACCAUAAACAAAUCUACACAUACUUUUUUUUUUUUUUUAUCCGACUUUGCAGUUUAAAGCUCUUUAUUCAUUUUUCCUUGCCUUUAUAAAUGAGUUUUUAAAAAGUAAUUUAAAGCAAGUGGUCAUCCUCAAGUAAUUAUGAAAAAGCACACUUUGUUUUUCUUUCAGGUUCUUUGUGUAAAUAUUUUAAACUGAGACGUGAUACUUGUUUGGGGCUCAGUGGUGGGGUGGUAAGGGUGGGAAUUUUAACAUUUAUAUUAAUUUGGUUUUUUUUGAUGUUCUGCUGAGAAAUGUAGAUGCCCUGUUUUCUUACCACCUAAACCCAUAUAUUAUUUCUAUAGGCUAACAGUGAAUUCAGCCAUCUAUGUGGAACCAUUUAUAAUUCUUUUCUUAGCCGUCUUACUGAUCCCCUCCCUGUGAAACCAUCUCAUCCAAGAUGGAGAAAUGAAUGUGAAAGGCCUUGAAACCUGUUCCCCCCCCCAGUGCCCAGCUUCCGUGGAAUUACUACAUGCAGCAUAGAAAGUAAAAUUGGAAGUUUUCUUUUGGUCCUGAUGUACAUAUGGUACAGUGUAAAUUUAAGCUGUUAAGACUGGGCCAGACUUCAGACCAUGAAAACACGUUAAUUAGUGGGAUUGGGAGCACAUGGAGGGUGCUUAAAAUCCCAUCUUCUGUCAGAUAAAAAGUGGUUAUCAGCAACCGCUGUCAUCUGAUUUCAGAAGGACAAUUUUUCUAAUGCUGUAUAUACUUGCAUUUACAUUUUUUGAACUGAUUAAUUUCAUGUCAUCCUCCUUUGUAAGUUAAGUUCCAAUUUCAACUUCACUUUACCUCCCAUGGAAUCUUUUCCAUCUGGAAAUAACAUGACAAUAUGACUAUGUAUAAAAUGUAUAGAUGUUAGUGAAGGAGGAAGAGAAAAAUUUUGAGGGCUCAUUGUCCAGGAUAGCAGUAAUACAGCUGAUGACCACUGGGGGACUGCAUAGCUAAUUGGAACUGAGAAUCAGCACUCCUAGAUGGAAGUUUGUUCCCUGUGGGAAAAAUUGGAAAAUGAUAAAGUGCAAGAAAGUUCAUUGAAUGAAUUUAUACAUGCAGUAUGACUGCACUGAUUGAGGUACUUGGCCCAUUUUGUUAGGUUACUUAUUGUACAACCUAUAACAGGCAACUGAAGAAAAACUUUUGCUUUAAUUUGAAAGUGUUAUGUGCAGCUAGUAAUAUUUUGGAAAGAAAGUCAUGUAAAAUUAAAUAUGGGGUUGUUGGGUUGUAAUGUCUUUACAGUAGGAAACAGACCUGAUUCCAAAGGGGUGUGGUAGGGAUGUAAAGCCAUAGGAGAUGCUAGAUGGAUACAUGGUGUGUAGCAGCUGAACAGUGCUGCCUGGAGUGUCGAAUGACUGUCAUCCGAGAGUUGAAAGGUAAUGCAAGGAGAGGACACUGGAUGAGCAGUGUCACUGUAUGCAUACCAGUGGUGACUCGAAGAAAACUGAGAUUUUGAAAGUUGACUCGGAUAGCAAGUCUUUUUUUUUUUUUUUUUUUUUUCCUCCCCCCCUCCCCUUUUUUCCUUUUGCCCCCUUCCUUCCUCUAUCCAUAGACAGAUGACAAAUGUCAUUUUUGCUUAACUUUUAAUUUCCUCUCUUCUGCUCUUAGUAAUAAUCCUCUUACUGCCUGUGGUUUAAGGUUUGGCGUUUUAAUGUAAAAAUCUUUGCAUUUUGGAAUUUUGUUUCUGAAGCAAACGGAGUGAUAAAUCCAUAUUAAAUUGAACGUGCUCUGAAAUUAUAGGCCUAUUUGAUAGAAUUUCGGUAAUUUUAUAAAAUCUGAAGCUUGUAAUUACUCCGUAUUGUGGAGAAGUUUAAUACUGUACAUGUGAACAGUGGUCUGUAUUACCAGAGGUGGAGGGGGAUGAAGUGGGUUAAGGAGAAGGGUAUUUGAAUUUUGUACAUUG